UUUCCACCCGACCAUUAACAGUCCCAUGAGCCCCUGCGCUCCCCGGCGCAGCGCCGCCGACAGGCGGAAGAGCGGGUCGAUGAUGCGGAUGUCGACUCGUCAUGUCUGGAUGGAGUAGCCCACGCUGAAAUCAUGGACGCGUUCGACUUGUUCCGAAAGCUCGGAGCCGGGGCCAAAUUUGACCUAAAGAGAUUCGGUAAAGAUGCUCUGCGUUUCAAGGUAGGGAAAACCCAUGGAGCGGGAUCGACCACAGACUCUUUUUCUGGGAUCGAUUACUUCGGCACACGGAAAAACAGUGGAACUCAGAGCGGCGCUACGCCUGAGGAAGAGGAGGAUGGCAUUGAGCAUGAGGAAGAAAAUGUGGAUUCUGAUGCUGGAGGAAAACGGAAACGGCAGCUUAAAGAGGAACCUGUAAAAACAAAGAAGAGGAAGAAGAAGAAGAAUGGCGUCCAGGCAGAGGUGGAAGCUGAAACAGACAGUGGAUCACAGAAAGAAACAGAAAAGAAUGGAAUUCAGUGGACCUCAUCUCAGGGCAAAAUUGUCCAAUGCCCACAGAAGGAUGAGAAGGAGAAAAACUCCUUGAAGAGGUUGAAGCAGCUUCACCGUGAAAAGGUCAACCGCACCAGAGCGCAGCACCGUAUAAACGUGCAUGGCUGUGACGUGCCGGACCCGGUGAGCACAUUUGAGGAGCUGCAGUCUGAGUACCGUCUGAACCCACGUGUCCUUCAGAACCUCAGAGACAGCGGGCUGAGCUCCCCAACGCCCAUACAGAUGCAAGCGAUACCGCUGAUGAUGCAUGGUCGUGAGCUCCUGGCCUGUGCGCCCACAGGAUCAGGGAAGACUCUGGCCUUCUGCCUCCCGCUGCUGGCCCACCUUCACCAGCCUGCUAACCGUGGCUUCAGAGCCGUGAUCAUAUCCCCAACUAGAGAACUUGCCAGCCAGACCCAUCGAGAGCUUCUGCGUCUGUCGGAUGGAGUCGGCUUCAGAGUUCACAUCAUUGACAAGGCGUCCAUUGCAGCGAAGAAAUACGGACCCGAGUCAAACAAAAAAUAUGAUAUCCUCGUCAGUACUCCAAACAGACUGAUCUUCCUCCUGAAGCAGGAUCCUCCUGCGUUAGACCUCAGCAGUGUGGAGUGGUUGGUUGUGGAUGAGUCCGACAAGCUGUUUGAGGACGGCAAGAGCGGCUUCAGAGAGCAGCUCGCGACCGUGUUCUUGGCCUGCUCCGGUCCAAAAGUGCGGCGGGCGUUCUUCAGCGCCACCUGUACCUCAGAUGUGGAGCAGUGGUGCCGUCUCAACCUGGACAACCUGGUCUCGGUGAACAUCGGGCACAGGAAUACAGCGGUGGAAACAGUGGAACAGGAGUUGCUGUUUGUCGGGACUGAGACGGGCAAACUGCUGGCUAUAAGGGACAUCAUUCAGAAAGGGUUCCUGCCUCCCAUGUUGGUGUUUGUACAGUCCAUAGAGCGGGCCCGUGAGCUUUAUCACGAGCUGGUAUAUGAAGGCAUCAACGUAGACGUCAUCCAUGCAGACCGCACACAGCAACAGAGAGACAAUGUCGUGAGCAGUUUCCGCUCAGGUAAAAUCUGGGUGUUGAUCUGCACGGCUCUGCUUGCCCGAGGAAUCGACUUCAAAGGAGUCAAUCUGGUGCUUAACUAUGACUUCCCCACCAGUGCUGUGGAAUACAUCCACAGGAUCGGGCGUACUGGCAGAGCCGGACACACGGGGAAGGCGAUCACCUUUUUCACAGAAAAUGACAAGCCACUGCUACUCAGCAUUGCCAACGUGAUAAAGCAGGCCGGCUGUCCUGUACCCGACUACAUGAUGGGCUUCAAGAAGACACGCAGUAAGUUGAAGAGGAAGCUCCAGAAGAAACCCCCAAAGAGGAAUACUAUUUCUACCACACCUCAGUUCUUGAUGAGGAAGAAGGCCUUAGGAGCCAAGGCUGCUAAGAAAGGGCCAGAACGAGUAGAGGGGUCACAGCAGAAAGGAGAGAAUGCCCCGAAAAACGCCGUGGGGCAGAAGAAAGACGAAAAGGAGAAGAAGAAAGCCCAGAAAGGAAAGAGAGCGCAGAAAGAAGGGUCAAUGGGAAAGGGCAAGAAAGCGUCAUCUAAGACGGGGACAAAGUCCCCUGGGACCAAACUAAAGAAGAACGUCCCAAGCUGAUAAUUUCAAUGGAAGAAUACUUCCAAGGCCGUAACAUUGGACAGCAGGUGUCCAGAAGGGGGCGGGAGUGGACAGGAAAUUGACUGUACAAUAAGACAGGCGAGGAAGAAGAAGAAACCCGCGUGCGACGGUUAUUUCCCCUUCCGUUAUCUACUCAAAUAACAAACUGUUUUAUAAAAUAAUAAAACCA